AUGGAUCAUUGCAUUCAAGAUUCCAGCACACUAAGCAUUAAUGAAAAUGCAAUUAGUGUUGUUAGCUCCUCCAACUUUGGUGUUGCGACCCCUCUGAAGGUGAAUUCAUUAGCAGAACUGAUGGAUUUGAGAGGUAGCAAAGCACCAAACAUAAGCACUGGUGUUGUGGUUAGGCCCACUGGUCUUAUUUGUCGCCAGUCUCAAAUCCAAGGCAAUCCGCUCGUUGGCCAAGGACACGUUUUGCAACAAAUAACAAGUAAGUAUAACCUAAAUUUACCACCAGGACCGGAAGCUGGUGUUGUGUUUGGGGUAGAGCUGCAAAAGCAGUGCCAGAUUAGUCAACAUUUAGAUUUAGUACACAAGACCUUGACUCAAGAAAAAUGCAUCGAGAAUAACAUUUCAAUUUCGAAUUGUGAUGGUGAAAAUGGAGGCAUUGAUCUAAACCAGACACCCCAGCCUAGACCACCCAAGAAAAUUAGAAAGAAACAUCGACCCAAAGUAGUAAUUGAAGGGAAACCAAAACAAACUCCGAAACCUCCUCCUACUCACUCUACAGGAAAAAGGAAGUACGAACGUAAAAAUGGCAUUCAAACUUCAGAAUCCAAAGGCCGGCCUCCAUCCAAGAGAAAGUUAGAUUUUGAGUUGGAGAAUGGAUCGGAAAAGAAAGUUAAGCGAUUGAACUGCCACGAUAUUGCAGAAUUGUAUGUGCCAAUGACAUGUAUAGGGAACGAAAACACAGUGGGCAGAAAGAAACACCAACACCAUGGAGAGACUACAAAUAGUUUUUUUAAUGAAGUUGCUCUUGAGGAGUCAUUGCUUCUGGGAAAUAGGGGCCCACCACUGAGAGACCAUACCUUGAAUGUCAUUGCCAGGUCCUUCAAAAUGCAAAAUGCUAAUACAAACCAAAGUAUUGCUGCAAAUAGGAAUAGUCACUGUGUCAUUCAGGCACCGGAUGCAUAUUAUAAUAAUAAUAGUAGACUAUCAACUUUAUCGACUAUGCCUCAACUUGUGCAGGAGUUGAUGGGUGUAACUCAGACUCAAGCUGCUGACAAGAUAUACACCCACUCUUAUCCACCUACUAUCACGGACUACUCUAACAAUCUAUGGAACAAUGGUUUAUAUACAAGCGGGGGAAGGAAUUUUGAUAAAGCCUCGUCUGGCCUACUUUCUUCUGUGGUUACAACCCAAGAACAAGACUUUUAUGGACAAAUUGGAAGCAGCUGCAGCAGCAGCCCCUUGGCGUUUGCACCAACUUAUGACAUUACACCUCAGAAUAUAUCCACAAAUCAAGACAAUACACCCAACAACCUCAUUCCUAAUUGCUUCACCAACUACCCGAAUUUUUGUAAGGCACAAAACACAUACCAAAAAAACAACAAUACCAACUUUAUAAACCAAAAUCAAACAAAACCUAAAACCAUUCCAUUAAAUGAUAAAAUUAGUUCCACCGACCGUGUUGAGGUGAGCAGACAGACUGCUGCUGCUGCUGGACAGACAUCAUCUAACAAAAGGCCACAGUCUCAAGAGCAGUCCAAGAACAAAAGAAAUUACCGGAAUUCAGUCACAGUAUUUCAGGAAGACAAGUUGUUUUCUGUUGAUUACAUUACAAAGCUUUUGAAAGACUUAAACAUCAGUAACAACACACACAACACACUUGUCCCCUACAAAGGAGAUGGUGCUGUUAUUCCGUAUGAGGAAAUCGAUGUAUUAAAAAAACGGCGGGCACGAGCUAGGGUGGACCUUGAUCCUGAGACAAAUAGGUUGUGGAAUCUUUUAAUGGGUAAAGAAGAAGGUGAAAAAAUGGACACUGGUAAGCAAAAAUGGUGGGAAGAAGAAAGAAAAGUUUUUCGGGGUCGAGUUGACUCCUUCAUUGCACGAAUGCACCUAGUCCAAGGGGACAGGCGAUUCUCUAAGUGGAAAGGAUCAGUUGUUGAUUCUGUGAUAGGUGUUUUUCUCACACAAAAUGUCUCCGAUCACCUUUCCAGCUCUGCUUUCAUGUCUCUUGCAGCAAAGUUCCCUUUAAAAUCUACAGCUGUAUGUUGCAAAAGUCCAUUGAUUGAGCAACACCAUGAGGUUCGAAUAACACAUCCAGAUGGAAGUUCUUACGAGGACAAAAUUCUAAAGAAACCAGGAAAAAAGGUCAUGACCCAUUUAGUCGACCAUCAUACCAAGGACUUUGCAGAACCUAUUGCUUUUCAAUCCUAUAAAGCUGAAGAUGGGUUGAACCUCACCAAAAAAUGUAAUUAUCGAGAUGCCCCUCAACAACUCCACCAAUAUCUGGCAAGUUUAAAUGCCGAUGGACCUUUCUUUUGUCAUCAGCAAUUACAAAAUGCAACACACAAGCAAAAUGAAGGAGUAGCAAAUUAUCUCUAUCCUCUUCUCCCAUCUGCUAAAUACUGCCCAAACUUGUCGUUGAACGUGGAAAAAUGGGAAGAAGAUGUUGUUGCAUUCUUAGGAACAGAAAGCAUAUCAUCUUCUUUGGCUUCAACUUAUUUUGAAAUUACCACGGGAACAGUAGGCGUAAAUCACCCACAUCAUGAUUACAUAGGGCAGUGUUCAGAAAGUAGUUUUACCAGCAGACAAGAUGACGCCCAUAAAUUUCAACAAUCACCAGUAAUUAUCAGUAAUGCAACUCCAAACAAACAGCCUCCAUUGAAAUCUGUCUUUUCAGAUGAGUCUAGGAACAAGAAUGACCAACAUGUCAAAAUUCAUAAGGAGAGCUCAUUUUUAUCUGAUUCCAUGAAAGCUGCUGCCGAAACAUUGAGUACUUGGACGAGUGGUAUAGAUAUUUGUCAGCCUGAACCAGCUAAAACGGGCGAGCCAUUAAAUUCUUCCCACAAACAAGCCGCUAACUUGAGCUCCGCAAGAAAACGCAAGGUUGAGACGGAAAAGGUGGAACCAUUUGAUUGGGAUAGCUUGAGAAAGCAAGUGCAGUCAAAGGAAGGAAGAAGCAGCGAGAGAGAGGACUCUCUAGACUAUGAGGCAUUACGAAAGGCUGAUGUUCGUGAGAUUUCAGAUACAAUCAAGGAAAGGGGCAUGAACAAUAUGCUAGCUGAGAGAAUGAAGAGUUUUCUCAAUCGCCUGGUGAGAGAUCAUGAAAAAAUUGACCUAGAAUGGUUGAGGAAUGUUGAACCAGACAAAGCCAAGGAUUAUUUAUUGAGCAUAUGGGGACUAGGCCUAAAAAGUGUGGAGUGUGUACGUCUUUUAACACUUCAUCAUUUGGCUUUUCCGGUGGACACAAAUGUUGGACGCAUUGCUGUUCGACUUGGAUGGGUUCCUCUACAGACACUUCCUGAGUCACUCCAAUUGCAUCUUCUUGAACUUUAUCCAGUGCUUGAAUCAAUUCAGAAGUAUCUUUGGCCAAGACUCUGCAAGCUGGAUCUGGAAACGCUGUAUGAAUUACACUAUCAAAUGAUUACUUUUGGGAAGGUUUUCUGCACAAAGAGAGAACCAAAUUGUAACGCUUGUCCAAUGAAAGGAGAAUGCCGACACUUUGCAAGUGCAUUUGCCAGUGCAAGACUUGCUCUUCCGGGGCCUGAAGAGAAAAGUAUAGUCAGUUGUGCUGCUCCAGUCGCUCCCAAUAGAAGACCUAAUAUGAUAAUCAGCAGCAUAGAAAGUGGAAGAGAGCUGAGUGGGAGUUGUCAACCAUUAAUUGAGGAACCAACAUCUCCAGAGCCACCCAUCACUGAGGUUUUAGAGAGAGAUAUUGAGGAUGCAUGUUAUGAGGAUCCUGAUGAAAUCCCUGUCAUAAAGCUUGAUGUUCAAGAAUUCACCUCAAACCUACACAACUUUACGCAGAAGCAGUUGGAAAUGGGAGAAGCUGACAUGUCAAGAGCUCUAGUUGCCUUGAGUCCAGAAAUAACUUCUUUACCAAUACCCAAACUAAAGCAUGUCACUCGACUGCGGACAGAGCACCAAGUAUACCAACUACCGGACUCACAUCCACUUCUCAAAGGGAUGUAUAGACGCGAAACUGAUGAUCCAAGCCCUUAUCUUCUUGCUAUAUGGACUCCAGAAAGUAGAUGCAGUUCUGGGGAAGGGGAAGGUGGUGGUCUGUGCAACAAUGGAACAUGUUUUUCGUGCAAUAGUACAAGAGAAGCUCAUGCUGAAACAGUGAGAGGGACAAUUCUAAUUCCUUGCAGAACAGCAAUGAGAGGGAGUUUCCCUCUCAAUGGCACAUAUUUUCAGGUCAAUGAGGUUUUUGCAGAUCAUGAAUCCAGUGUGAACCCUAUACAUGUGCCAAGGAAUUCAAUUUGGAACCUGCCAAGAAGGACAGUUUUCUUUGGGACAUCUGUCUCAUCAAUUUUCAAAGGCCUAUCAACUGAAUACAUUCAAUACUGCUUCUGGAAAGGGUUUGUAUGUGUCAGAGGAUUUGACAAAAAAAGUCGAGCACCUAGACCUCUAAGAGCUAGAUUACAUCUCCCUGCAACUAAGUCGUCAAAGCCGUAA